GGUUAAACCGGGCAACGCAUGCGCACUCUCUCUCAAAGGGAGCAAAAUGGCGGCGCCCGUGGACCUUGAGUUGAAAAAGGCAUUUACUGAACUUCAGGCCAAGGUAAUUGAUACCCAGCAAAAGGUAAAACUGGCAGAUCUGCAAAUAGAUCAGCUGAACAGGACGAAAAAGCAUGCGCAUCUCACAGAUGCGGAGAUUAUGACUUUGGCUGAUGAAACACGAAUGUAUGAAGGUGUAGGAAGAAUGUUUAUCCUUCAGUCCAAAGGAGUUAUUCACAACCAGCUCUUAGAAAAACAGAAGAUAGCAGAAGAGAAAAUUAAGGAAUUGGAGCAGAGAAAGUCGUACCUGGAGCGGAGUGUCAAAGAAGCUGAAGAUAACAUCCGGGAGAUGCUCAUGGCUAGAAGAACGCAAUAAGGAACGCAACAAAGAAUGCAAUCCUUGCAUAGGAAUGAAUCCUUGAAAGCAGAGCAUGCUGGAAGCCUCCUGUGCUGCAGAUCUCUGCAUGUCGAAGACAUGAAGAACCUCAGUUAUGUAGCUUCAUCGAGUCAAACCUGUAUUUUGAUGUACCAAUAAAUUCUACCUUGGUCACAUACUGUGGCUGCCAGAC